CUUGGUCCUGGGCCUGUGGUUAUGUGUAUGUGUUUUUACACAGUGCCAAAAUUCUAAAAUAAGUGUUUGUACCAUUGGAGAAGAAGCCGUUCGCUUCACAAAAUACAUGUUUUCUCUCUUUGAGUAUUCCUACAUUCUCACCUGACCUUCAGGCGAACUGAAACUGGCUUAUAAACAAAUUGAAAUACACGGUCGGACAAGGGUGUGGAAGAAUGUUGUAUACAGAACCAAACUUUCCAGCACAUCUCUCCCUAACUCAGUGAGAAGCUUAAAGACGAACAACACUACAUGGUCUACUGGGUUGGUGUGUGUGAUAAACUGAAGUGUUUUCUUCUCCUUACUAAAAUAUAUUUUCACACGAUUGGCACAAGAGCUGUCUCCAUGGCUAUGCUCCUGUCAGAAAACAACAGGUCUUUCCUUCCCACCACCAAGACUCCUCUCCACAAUGCCACAGAAUGGAUCCUGGUCCACAGCAUCAUUCCUCCCUACAUCUUCACCCUGUGUGUGACGGGGCUGCUGGGUAAUGGCUUUGUCCUGCUGGUCUUCCUUCUCCAGAGGGAGCAGUGCUCUGUCCCAGAGAUCUACCUGGGAAACCUGGCCCUGGCUGACCUGCUCCUCCUGGCCUGCCUGCCCUUCUGGGCCAUGAACAUCCUUAAUGACUACAACUGGCCUUACGGAGACUUCUUGUGCCACGUAGUCAAUCUGUCUAUCACUGUCAACUUCUACACCAGCAUUUACCUGUUGGUGAUGGUGAGCGUGGACCGCUACUUAGCGCUGGUGAGGACCAUGAGGGCCAGGUGGCUGAGGAGGAAACGCUACGCACGGGCGAUAUGCCUCAUACUGUGGCUGUUUGGGCUGCUGAUAGGGGGUCUAGCUUCGCUUCACAGAAAGGUGACGUUCAUUGAGGAAUAUCGGACAAUGGCGUGUAUUCUGGAGUAUCCUGACCACUCUGGGGAGUCUUGGAAGCUGGCCCACAACCUCCUGUUGAACAUAGUUGGCUUUGUUGUGCCUGUUGUGGGGAUUUUUUCCUGCAGUUGUAACAUUAUCAGAGCCCUGAGGAAGAGGAGGCAGAGUGUUUACAUAGAGGGUGGAAAUGACAGGAAGGCCACAGUCCUUGUUUACGCCGUGACGCUGCUGUUUUUUGUAUGUUGGAGUCCCUUCCAACUCUUCACCUUACUCGAUAUGCUGUGUGAUGCAGAGGUCUUGGAUGAAACAUGGCAUUAUACACUGGACAUUGGUACCCAGUUUUCAACCUACCUAGCAAUUCUGAACAGUAGCCUAAAUCCUCUGUUGUAUGUAUUUUCUGGUCAGUAUUUUAGGAGGAAAGUUAGCACCAUCUACAAGAGAACGAAGAAUCGCAGGAGAUCUGAUACAAUGGCAUUUCAGCUUUCAAUUGUAUCAACCUACCUCCACAGGACUGAUCAAAUCAAACCUGUUGUAAUACAGACAUGAGUUCCUGCAUUUUCCUGCACAUUUGUUUGAUAUCAUGUAGUUAUUGCACACUAAAUUGCAUUAUCAAUGUUGAAUUACACCAUGUAGCCACAUAAAAUGUGUGCAAUCUUGAACUACAUUAUGUAGGUCUACAAGGUUUAGAUUGUGUAGGAGAUAUGUUUACGGGCACGGGAAAAUAUGUGAUAUAAAUACUAUGCAUGCCAGUUUCUCUUGGCUAAGAGUUGAGGAGAGACUGACUGCAUCACUUAUUUGUAUAAGAAACAUUGUGUUGAAAAUCACAAAUUGUUUGCAUAGUCAACUUACACACCGCACUGACAAACACUUAUCACACCAGACAUGCCACCAGGGGUCUUUUCACAGUCCCCAAAUCCAGAACAAAUUCAAGAAAGUGUAUAGUAUUAUAGAGAGCCCUUAUAGCAUGGAACUUCCUUCCAUCUCAUAUUACUCAAAUAAACAGCAAAUCUGGUUUAAAAAAACAGAUAAAGCAAC